GCCCGGGUAACGGGGGAAGCCAAGGCGCGGCGGCAUGGAGGCGGCGGAGGAGCCCGGGGCGGAGGAGCGGGAGGAGAGCGGGGAUAACGAAGUCCCCGAGAGCGGACCCGAGGCGCUGAGCGCGGGGAGCGGGGAGCCCGAGGGCCCGGCCGAGCCUCCGGAGCCCGCAGAGCCCGAAGGAACCGCGCCGGGCGCCGGGGAGGAGCGGAGCGGCGCGGAGGAGGCCGCCCCCGCCGGCGGGGACCCGGAGCCCGCAGCCCGCGGCGAAGCCGAGGAGGCGGAGCGCGAGGCGCUGCUGGCCGAGUACCGGGCGCUGGAGGCCGAGCGGCAGCGGCUGCACCAGGCCGACGGCCGUCUGCAGCUGCUGCUGGGAGAGGCGCUGCGGUCGCAGCGGGGAGAGCGGCGGGCGGACGAGGCGGGCGGGCAGCAGCUGUUCGCCGAGCGGCUGCGGGAGCUGCGGGAGCUGUGGCGGCGGCGGGAGCGCGAGGCCGCAACCUGGCAGCAGCGGGUGGACGCGCGGCGGAGGGACCGCGCGGAGAGCGAGGCGAGGGCCGGCGCCGCCUGGGCCGCCUUCCAGGCGCGGAAGAAGGCCGUGGCCGUGCAGACCCUCGGGCGGCGGCGGGGCGGCAGGGAGGCGGCCCUCAGGACGGUGGGCGACAUCCAGGCCCGGGAGCGGGACAAGGAGACCUCCGUGCGGGAGGCCCGGCUGGAAAACGUGAAGGUGAAGCUUGAGGUCCGAAACCUCGAGAGCGUCCUGAGAGCGCACGGAGAAACGGGGCAAGGCCGCCACCUCGCAGAGCUCAACCACAUGAAGAAAGAGAACCAGAAGCUCAACGAAAAGCUCGACGGCCUCAACGGCGAGGUGCUGAAGCUCAAAACGAAGGUCGCUAACGCUGAACGGAUCCUCAGCCACGUCAGGGAGAAACUGCAGCUUGUGGAAGCUGAGAACAGAGGCCGGCAGGCUGAGCUGAGGGCCAUCACGAGCACCCUGCUGCAGAAGAGAGAUGCGCUGACCAAGGCCAAGCAGGCCAGGGACAGGCUGCGGGCACACAAGGUGAAGCUGCAGCAGCAACGUGGGUUGCUUGGAGAGGAGACACUGCUGUGGGACUUGGAGGAAAAGGUGAACACCAUGGAGUUGUUACAGCAGCAGCUGGAAGCACUGAAACAUCACCACGCCGGUCUGAUCCUCAAACAGAGGGAAAUGCAGAAAAAAAUCAGCAAAGCCGAUUCAUUUCUACCUUGAGGAUGAAAAUAAAGCACUGAAAAGAGAUACACCACA